CGAGGUUGGGGGUGGGGACGCGUUGGGAAGGAGAGCGGCUGGGGCACUGGCACCCGACCCUGGCGUCCGGCACUGCCCGAACCAGCCGAGCCGCCGGAGACGCGGGCCGCGGGGGCGUCACGGGCUCAACCCCCAGGAUGCUCCCCUUCGCCUCCUGCCUCCCCGGGUCUCUACUGCUCUGGGCGCUGCUGCUGUUGCUUUUGGGAGCAGCGUCUCCCCAGGAUUCGGAGGAGCCCGACAGCUACACGGAAUGCACAGAUGGCUAUGAGUGGGACCCCGACAGCCAGCACUGCCGGGAUGUCAACGAGUGCCUGACCAUCCCCGAGGCCUGCAAGGGAGAGAUGAAAUGCAUCAACCACUAUGGGGGCUACUUGUGCCUGCCCCGCUCAGCCGCUGUCAUCAAUGAUCUGCAUGGCGAGGGACCACCACCACCAGUGCCCCCUGCUGAAUACCCCAACCCCUGCCUACCAGGCUAUGAACCUGACGAGCAAGAGCGCUGUGUGGACGUGGACGAGUGUGCCCAGGCCCUGCAUGACUGCCGCCCCAGCCAGGAGUGCCAUAACCUGCCCGGCUCCUACCAGUGCACCUGCCCAGAUGGCUACCGCAAGAUUGGGCCUGAGUGUGUGGAUAUAGACGAGUGCCGCUACCGCUACUGCCAGCACCGCUGUGUCAACCUGCCUGGCUCCUUUCGCUGCCAAUGUGAACCAGGCUUCCAGCUGGGGCCCAACAACCGCUCCUGUGUAGACGUGAACGAAUGCGACAUGGGGGCUCCAUGUGAGCAGCGCUGCUUCAAUUCCUAUGGGACCUUCCUGUGUCGCUGCCACCAGGGCUAUGAGCUGCAUCGGGAUGGCUUCUCCUGCAAUGAUAUUGAUGAGUGCAGCUACUCCAGUUACCUCUGCCAGUACCGCUGUGUCAACGAACCUGGCCGCUUCUCCUGCCAUUGCCCGCAGGGCUACCAGCUGCUGGCCACACGCCUCUGCCAAGACAUUGAUGAGUGUGAGUCAGGCGCGCACCAGUGCUCUGAGGCCCAAACUUGUGUCAACUUCCAUGGAGGCUACCGCUGUGUGGAUACCAACCGUUGCGUGGAACCCUACGUCCAGGUGUCUGACAAUCGCUGCCUCUGUCCGGCCUCCAACCCCCUGUGCCGGGAGCAGCCCUCGUCUAUUGUGCACCGCUACAUGAGCAUCACCUCAGAGCGGAGUGUGCCCGCCGAUGUGUUCCAGAUCCAAGCAACCUCUGUCUACCCUGGCGCCUACAAUGCCUUUCAGAUCCGUGCAGGAAACUCGCAAGGGGAUUUCUACAUUAGGCAAAUCAACAAUGUCAGCGCCAUGCUGGUCCUCGCCCGGCCUGUGACGGGCCCCCGGGAGUACGUGCUGGAUCUGGAGAUGGUCACCAUGAAUUCCCUCAUGAGCUACCGGGCCAGUUCUGUACUGAGACUCACCGUCUUCGUGGGGGCCUAUACUUUCUGAGGUGGGGGUGGGGAGCCCUCAGGGAGGGAGAGGCUUCCUGUGGCCCAAGAGCCUGGGGCUCAGGGAUGACUGUGCUCGGCUGCAAGGGCAGAUGCUGUUGUGAAGAGUAGAAAGAGAAAGGCAAUAAAGGGAGAAAGAAGGA